GUUCUGGCCUUAAGCAUUGCAGGGGCGCAGAUGCGUGCGCAUCAUCCUUCUCCCGACCGCACGGAUCAAACCCACAGCUUUAUCCAGAAAUGUAUUCAGGUAACCAGCCUGAGUCUAAAGAGAACUGACUCUGCUGGGAAUGCAUAUUUGAAGUCCAUCGUGAUAAUCCCAUUUAAAAGAUGCUGGCCCUGAAGAAGAUGACAAUCUCCUUAAACACCCCAAACCUGGUUGUACAUGACCAAAACAGGGUCCUGAAAGUAGAUGCCUCCCGGGAUCAGGUAAUCACCUUAGGAAGAGAAAAAAAUUUUGAUCUAGAGUCUUCUCGCCAGAGCUUCAGAUAUUUUCCAUACCCGGAAAAGGCUGGGCCCCGAGAGGCUGUGAACCAACUUUGGGAACUCUGCCUUCAGUGGCUGAGGCCAGAAAUUCACACAAAGGAACAGAUCUUGGAGCUGUUGGUGCUGGAGCAAUUCCUGACCAUCCUGCCCAGUGAGAUCAGGAUUUGGGUGAAGUCACAGUGUCCAGAGAAUAUUGAGGAAGUGGUCUGCUUGGUGGAAGAUUUGACCCAAACCCUUGAGGAGGAAGCUUCAUGUUCUAAUGAGUCUUCUCAUCUUCAAGAAGAAAACACAGAGAAGGAAGAAAUGUUCCCAGUAACAAAAUUUCUGGAAUCAGUGACAUUCAAGGAUGUGGCUCCUGACUUCACGUGGGAAGAGUGGGAGCAACUGGAACCUGUUCAGCAGGACCUCUGCAAAGAUGUGCUUUUGGAGAACUAUAGGAACUUAGUUUUUCUUGGGCUUUCAAUUUCCAAACCAAAUAUGACCUCCCAGAUGGAACAUAUGGAAGUGCCAUGGAUGCUGGAGUGUGAAGAGCCAAGAUGCAUCAGUCUAUGUGAGUGA